UUUUUUUAAUUGGCACCAUUGGGUUUCAAGGUUUUUUCCUCAAAUUUGAUUCGUGUGAUUGUUUUUACGAAAAAACUGUUUGUUCCGAAUUGACAACAUUCACAAUAAUUCCUCAACCACCUGACCUGCGCUAAAGGUAAAGUGCGAUGAUGUCCACAUUAUCUCGACUGGAGUCGACUUUGCCCUGUCGCUCUCCUCAAAUAGGCCAACUUUAUAAUCUCUUCGGCCACAAAGAGGAGCCCUUUCCGGAGAGCGUUUACAUUACUGGAGGUCCGAGCGUCGGCAAAUCUGUUGUUGUUCGUCGAGUUUUGGAGGAAGUUGGUGUUAAGCAUGCAGUUAUCAAUAUGAUCGAAUGUUACACCGCUAAAAUAUUAUACGAGACGAUUUUGAAUAAGCUUUGUGGUUUGGUGGAUACAAAAUGCGAGAAUAUGAUGGAUUUCAUUGAUCAUUUGCAGCGGAAUCGGUCCGAAAUACACCGAUCUGUGCUAAUUAUCGACAAAGCCGACAAGCUCCGGACUAUGGAUUUCAACAUAUUUCCGGGAUUUCUCAAACUCAAAGAGCUCACCGGAGGGAUUCACAUAAGCGUCAUUUUCCUCUCACAAAUCAUCCUUCAGAAGUUCUAUUCCAAAACUAACAUCGUCGAGCCGAUUCAAAUCACCUUUCCCCAAUACAACAAGGAUGAAUUAUUGGAGAUUCUCACGUUGGAUAUCGAUUAUGCCCGAUCGCUGAUUAUCAAUAAUACGAAAGAUGGAGGGUUUGAAUUUGACGUCGACUUUUAUCGGAAUUACUUGAAUGUUUUUCUUUCGGUUUUUUAUCGAAACUGUAGAGACUUGACGGAACUUCGUUAUAUCGCGAGAAGUAACUUUCUCAACUACUGUCAACCGAUCAUCAAUAAAGAAAACACCAUCAACGAUUCGUUGGCUUUGUGGAGAAAAGUCGCUCCCACUCUCAAACAAGCCCUACAAAAUCUCUAUCUAAGAGUUUCAACAGUUUCUCUACCACAAAACCUCGAACUGCCUUUCUAUGCCAAAUAUCUACUAAUUGCUGCUUAUCUAGCAAGCUAUAAUCCUGCAAAAGACGAUAAGAGACUCUUUAUGAAAUAUCACGGAAAGAAAACCAAGUCUUUGAGAGAUGUUAAGAAGAAAAAUAAAGUGAGCGAACAGCUGAAUACUGUUCUAGGGCCCAAACCUUUCAGUUUUGACAGAUUGUUGGCGAUUUUUUAUUCCAUAGUUGAAGACAAAGUCGGUUUUAAUAAUAAUCUACUAGUUCAAGUGUCAAGUCUUGUGGAACUACAACUGUUAUCGAGCUUAUCCGAUAGUUCAAGCCUGGAUGGAGCCAAAUACAAAUGCAAUGUCAAUUUUGAUUUUAUCCAAACAGUUUGCAAGAUGGUGGGUUUCAAUAUUCGCAAAUAUUUGAGUGAUUUUAGUCACAUGUGAAUGAACAAAUAUAUUUUCCUUU